AUGCCACAGUCACCGUGUCUUUUCUCCACUUUUCAUUUGUUCGUUUUCUUUCUUUUCGUUUUUUUUUUCUGUAUUUCAUUACUCUUUAUACUUUACUCUCUUCCUCUCGCUUACUCUCACUUUCGAGCUUGUUCCUUUUUCUCCUCCUUCCAAUUCUCGUUUUCUUUGUUUACUUUUCUGGGCGUUUUUACAUUUGUUCGUAAUAUUUCUUUUGUGACUUUCUCUCUUUCUUCGGUUUCUCUUCUAGUUCCCAUGUGUUCUCCCACCCACUUUCCGCCACCCCGUAUUAUCUUAGCAGUAUCUCUUCUUCCCAAUUUUUUCGCUUUGUUUCUCUCUAUCAUUUUUUCAUUUUUUUUUUGUUUUUUUGUUUUUUUUCGAUUGAUACAAAUCUAUCUAUCUAUCUAUCUAUCUAUCUAUCUAUCUAUCUAUCUAUCUAUCUAUCUAUCUAAGGCUGUUUGUUUCUAUCUAUCUAUCUAUCUAUCUAUCUAUCUCAAUUUUAAAGGCCGACCACUUGUUACUCGAGAAGCCCAGCUAUUUCGCCGCUCCCCUCUCUCACUCUUUCUCUCUCUCUCUUUCUCACUCUCUUUCUCUCUCUCUCUCUCUCUUUCUCACGUUCGCUUUCUCUCUCUCUCUCUCUUUCUCUUCACCAUCUAUCAAACCACUGAAGACUGUCGAGAAGUAAAGAAUAGUUGGCACUGCAGAAGAACAACAGACCAGGCCCCAAACCAGUUGACAGUUCUUCAUUUUGGCGAGAUUACUGCUAACGGACACACGUGCCAUAUUUCUUUGCCUGAAGUUGGGACUCGACAUUUGUUUCACUCCUCCUCAUCUUUACAUUUAUCGGCAGCGCAGUGA